AUGAGGAAGGAGGGACCCAUCGCAUGCGUGAUGGUCAAUACAUCGUUGCCCUUUUGUCAAAAGGCAGUGUGCAAGCAUGAAUGUAGCGACAAUUGGAUCUGUCAGAUCCCAUUGGAGUCGCAUGUAAUUGUUUUGCUUUCAACUCUAUCUCAACAAUAUAAGGCUUACGGCCUCUUUGAUGCAGAACGCGACGCCUCCAUCACCGGUGAGACCAUGCAUGGCCUACGGAUGACUUGGGCGCUUAAGUUGACGUAUGGUUUGGUGGCCGAGCAAUCGAUCCUCGAGAAGAAGAGAAGUCCAGUCUGGUCUCCAAUCACGAGCCCGAGUGGAACGCAGGAAUGGGAUCCACUGGUGCGGAGGCUAAACCCUACCUCCCAAGUCCCGACCCGAGAAACGAGGGGUGCGUCCUGCGCGACUUCCUCCGCCUCCAGCUUACGAACACUGAGUGACGCUCCAUCCGCCGAUCUCGUUCCCUUCGCCGUUUCCUUUCUGUUACCGUCUCCGGCGAAGAAGAGAAGAUGUUGGUGGGUGGCGUUUCGAGGCGAUGGGUCGCUUCCGUGGUGCGAUCCGCUGGCGCUUGUCGCUGCGCUUCCGCCUCCCCUGCUUCGCAACUCUUUGCCCUCUAUUCUCAGGAAAAUAUGCUGCACACUCAGGGAGUUGAUAAGAUCUCACAAUUGGACACUAAAGCCUCAGAUCACAGGAAAUAUACCUUUAUUAAGGUCCUUGAUGACCAUGGGCCAGCAGGAGUUAUCUUCUGCACAGGAGAGUUCUGUUGCCUCCCAUGAAACAAGCCAGCCUCAAUGCAUCAAAUUUAAAAGGCUUGACAAAACUGCAAAGCAUAUUAUGAAUAUUUUAGAUAACGAAGCAGUGGACAAAGUGCAAACUGAGAGAGAAAUUCCUGACAUAAGACCUGGGUAUAUCGUCGAGCUGAAAGUGGAGGUGCCUGAGAACAAGCGUCAAACAUCCAUCAUAAAAGGCAUCAUCAUAGCAAGGCGGAAUGCAGGUCUGAAUACCACAUUUAGAUUGCGUAGAUUGGCAGCUGGCGUUGGGGUUGAAUCCGUCUUCCCUUUAUACUCUCCGAACAUCAAGGAGAUGAAAGUCGUAGACAAGAAGAAAGUGAGGAGGGCAAAGCUUUAUUACCUCAGGGACAGGAUGAAUCCACUCAAGAAAUGAUGAUCUUUUCACCAGUUUGUUGUUAUUGUACUAGUUCAUAGUCCUCAUGUUAUCGAUUGUAUCAAGCUCCAAAUUUGGUAUUUGGCAUCUGAAGAGAUGUGGGUUUACUAUUGUUCGUUUUAA